AUGGAAGAGGAGAGAGAUGAAGGCAGGAUGGAAGAGUUGCGAGAAGAGGGACGAGAAGAGGGUAGAAUGGAAGAGGGACGAGAUGAGGGCAGGAUGGAAGAAGAGCGAGAUGAGGGCAGGAUGGAAGAGGAGCGAGAAGAGGGUAGAAUGGAAGAGGGACGAGAUGAGGGCAGGAUGGAAGAGGGGCGAGAUGAGGGCAGGAUGGAAGAGGGGCGAGAUGAGGGCAGGAUGGAAGAGGAGAGAGAUGAGGGCAGGAUGGAAUAG